UACAGUGACGAACGUGUGGUUGUUUUCAAACGAAAUACGCGAUAAAGCGAUACUCACGUCAUGUGUCUGUUUAAAACCACUACCUUACAUAUAGAACAGCUAUAAUAGGCCUUUGUUACUGUAAAGUAUUGUAUUCAUUGUUCGCCGCAACCUCCCUUAACAUUCUCAAAUUUCUUAAAAAUUGAUAAGGUAUGUUGAAUAAAUUUAAAUUUCCAAACCAUUGUGACAGGACAUGGCUUUGUCUUAUAGAGAACUACAGGGUGUGUAGCUGCGACAACGUACAUGUAGCUCUGGACGACGGACGGACAAUAUCUGACAGAUGCCGGAGAGCAGUGUAGUAGGGUAUAUGAAGUUUGUGUAACUUAAUCACAUGUUUUGUACGUAAUGUGAGAAUCAAAAAUGUGUGAAUGACAUUUUUUGAUAGUCUGGAUACGUGUGUAGAGUUUCAACUGAAAUAAAAUUUACAAUAAUUCUAUAAAUAGUGAUGGGGUCCGGAUAUGACGUGAUAACAAAGAUUUAGGUAGGUGGAUGGUCACAAGACUUGUUCAUAUCGAUAACCGAAAUGUGUAUUGUAAAUAUGAGGUCAGGGGUCAACGAAACAGUGCAUGUGACUGGCCGGUCUGAAGAUCGAGAUCCCUGCAGAUUUUAAUGACCCCUGCAGAAGACAAGUGACAUGGCUGACGGAACUGAGGUGACAACAGGCCACAGUGGCCUUUCCAUACCUAAGGCUGCCUUUUUCAUUGUUGGGGAGAUUGCUGGAUCAGGUGUUCUGGCUCUACCCAAAGCUGUAGAGGAUACAGGAUGGAUAGGUCUAGUAAUUAUCACUGCCUGCAGUUUUUUGUCUGCGUAUACUGGUCACAUCCUCGGUAAAGCGUGGAUCAUCACCUCACACAGGUUCCGGGACUGCCGUGGACAUGUUCCCGACCCCUAUCCCCUCAUUGGUGAGAAGGCCUAUGGAAAGUGGGGCAGACAGAUUGUAAACAUAUCUAUCAACGUCACCCUCUUCGGAGUUGGAACCGUAUUUCUGCUAUUAGCAUCAGAGAAUAUUGAAUCACUCUUCAAAGAUGUUGGCUGGGAUCUUAGUUUCUGUGUGUGGUGCAUAAUACUGGCUGCAAUCUUAACUCCAGUCACAUGGCUUGGGACACCUUCUGAUUUCUGGCAAGUUGCAGUUGGAGCUACCAUAGCAACCGCUAUAGCAUGUGUGGUUCUCAUUGCAAAUAUCAGCCUGGAAGCCAAGGACCUGGCCGAUGAACCCUUGGUUCAUAACAAGAUUAAAUUCUUGGAUUUCUUCACAGCUUUUGGAACUAUAGUGUUUGCUUUCGGAGGACAUCCAGCUUUUCCAACUUUUCAAAAUGACAUGAAAAAACAGAAGGACUUUAAAUGGGCUGUUUUCUUUGGCUACCUUAUCGUGCUGUUGAUGUACUUCCCAGUAUCAACAGCAGGAUAUUUUGUUUACGGUAAAUCUCUCGAUGACAACAUCCUCAACACUGUGUGUCAUACGAAUUAUACUCACCCACACUGUAAGAAAGGUAUGACAGUCGCGAUCCAGAUCCUGAUUACACUACAUCUCAUGUUUGGCUUUGUCAUUGUGCUGAACCCUUUCUGUCAACAAGUCGAGUCAGGCCUAUUCAAAGUGGAUUCAAGAAAAUUUACCAUUAAGAGAGUGUUAGUGAGAAGCGGACUUGUGGCUCUAGUGCUGUUCAUUGCUGAAACUAUCCCUCAUUUUGGUGCCAUUUUAUCUCUGGUUGGUGGUUCGACAACAACUUUACUGGCCUACGUUUGUCCCUCUGUGUUCUACCUGAAGCUGUGCCGGACGCCACAUGACGAGGAAUUGGUAGAGCCUGAUGACGGAGGUACAAAUGUACGACCGGCCAAACUUCCUGGAACUGAGCCUGAUGGUACCAUAACCAUACCUUUCUGGGAAAAAGUCAUGAAUUAUGAGAUAGUAGCUAUCGGACUGAUUGCAGGGGUAGCAUCAACCAUAUCUGCUGUGAUCGGCAUUGUUCAACCAGAUACUUUCACUGUGCCUUGCUAUGCAAGGUAAUGACUUAAAUAACCCACCAGUAAAUUUAUUAUACAAGCUGUAUAUCAGGUUACAAAAUAAGGUGUAUAAGUCGGCAAUAAUGGCCAAGAGAAAAUUUGAAAUAGGUAGUGUGGACAUCAAAAAAGGAGAUAGUGUCGGAAAAAUACAGCUUAACAUGGAAGAGUACUUGGAGAUAAUCUAUGUGGUCGUGCAGUGACCCCCAUACACUUCAUGUCAAACAGGGGAAUCGAAAACUGGUCAUCUUAGUGUCCAACAGGGGAAUCGAAAACUGGUCAUCUUAGUGUCCAACAGGGGAAUCGAAAACUGGUCAUCUUAGUGAAAGGUGACUGCUUUAACUGACCACCACCCAACCAUACAAAAAUCAAUUAUAUUGUUAUACUUGAGCCUCAUUGUUCAAAAUAUUUUCAUGCUAUAAUUGGUACAAUGUAUAUGUUAGUGGACAAUUUAGGAAAGAUGUGGAUUUUUUAAAUGUUACAAAAUUCUUAAUUAAAGUUGAGUUUGAAACUCCAUGUGAACAAUUCAGCCAAAUUAUUGGCUACAAUUUUUUUUCAUUACCAAGUACUUAAACUUCUUUAGAAAUGAUAUAUGUUUGCAUGCAGCAACGGACUGAUUUCUAAUAUAUUAGUUCACUAAAUUAAAAUUGUCAGAUGCUAAAUUCCAGUAGAAAAGAGUUUUGUUUUGGGGGUAGGGGUGGGGGUUGAAAUGAACAAGAAUAUUGUAAGUCACGUAAGAAAACACAUUUUUAAAGUUCUCAUUUCGUUCAUAAUUAAGCCUGAAAUUAAUUUUAAAAAACAAAAAAAAAAACAUGUUUAUCAUAAAAUUUUGAGGUUGAAGUAUUAUAUAUUUUUUGUUUUUUAGAAUUAUUGAUUUUUUUUGAUUUUUUUUUAAAUUUUGUGACUUUGUGCAAUAAUGCAUUACGCUACACUCGGGGUUCUAUUUGCUGUUUUUAUUUGUUGUUUUUUUUUAGAAGUAGGAUUACAGUUAUAGACAGAAUGUUAUGCUCCAAGUCAGUUAAGACAGUUUUCACUGUUUUUGAUCGGUGCCAAUAAAGUAUUUAUUCUAAUAAGUGGCCCGUCCCCAAUACCCCACCUUUUUUUUUUUUAUCUUGAAGAGGUAUAGAGGAUAUUGACUUCAGUGGCUUUGGUGUACUUUUCAUUUGUUUUAUAACCAAUUUUUUUUUACAUUCAGUGUUAUAAUGAUAUUUGAUUCCAGAAAUUUGUUUUUAAACACUGUACCACCAUAGGAAGGAAUUUUUUCCUUUAGUGCAUCCCUUUUGUGUUUUUGUAAGCACACUGUGUGCUUAUUAGGUAAAAUACAGUAUUAUUAUUAUCGUUAUUGAGCAUGAAAUCUGUUACAAGAUUUACACAUCUUGUGUAACGAGCUGUUGAUAUAAUCUGUGCCAUAUACUGUAAGGAUGAUUAUUUUUGUUGGUUCAUAUUUUCAUGGCUUUGCUAUAAAUGUGAAUCAAUAAGAAUUCCCUGAUGUUUCUAUCUUAAUAGCAAUUUUGUUUAUCUAAACCAAGUGAUGUAAACAUACCAUUCAUAUAUUAAAUUAGCAGUUUUGCCUACUACUGUACUGUGUAAAAUGAUUGUAAUUUGUUUUGUAUUAUUUUUAUUUUUUGUGAUACCAAACUACAUAUACAUGUAAACGUAUAUGUACUUGGUAUUUUCAAUUAGUCAAAAUCAAUCAUGACAUUGUGACAUUUGAGGUACCAAAGAUCAGAUACUUACAGUAUGUUUGCAUAAUAUGUUCAUGUAUUAGAGAAGUAGAAUUGUGCAGAAGAAAAGUUAAAGAAAAGUUAUGGAUUUAUUGUAAUAAUAUGUUUAUGUGAUAUUAAAACUUUUAAUUCAAAUUUUUAAUUUAUUUUACUUCGGUUAAUGGUAAUCAUCACCAUCAACUUUCAACUUUAAUAAAUCUAUGUUUAUGUAAUUAUUGAUGGUAAUACCUAGUAAGUUUAAUUGCUUGUCAUUUUAAAAUAUUAGAUAAUUCAAUUUUGUGUUUAUUUUUAAUAACAUUUCCAUUAUAUCUAUGUAAAUGUGAAAACAAUACAUCAGUUUGCUAAAACUUGUAAUUUUGUUUACCCACAUGUAAUUGAUUUUGUCAGACAAAAAUAUCUGUUUUUAGUAAUUAUACAUGUACAUGAUUUACAGUGUGUAUAUAUUUAUAGCUUUUUUGAAAUGAGAUUUUUUAGUUCUUUGUUAAUAAAAACAAAUAGUUGACAAGUUGGCAUUUGUUCCAGUGUAAGAUAUAAUUCUUGAGCUACAUCGAUAUGUGGAUUUGUAUUUUUUAGAGGUAAAUUUUUUAGUAAGUAAUCCAAAUAUUCAUUAAUAAAUAUCAUUUGUUCGAAAGUGUCAAUUUUGGUUUUGAAAUAUGGUGAUUUCUAUCAAGAAUCAAAUCUUUGACAAAUUAAUACUGACAGAAAUAAGUACAUAUUUUAGAAGUAAUUUACAUUGGAUUUGAAAGUUUAAUUAGCAUAACAUAUUAAUUUUGAUGUAAGAGACAUAUGUCAAUACCAAUUAUAAUUUUAACAAUGUAAUUCCUCAUUACACUGUUGACGUCGUAAAGCAUUCCGCGGAAAUCUGAUUUAUUACUAGGUAUCAUAACACAUUCCUAGUGUGUAUGGAAUAUCUUAGAUACCUAACAUUUCUAUCUCAGUCAUGAGAGAGGCACCUCUGAACAAAUACAUUAUUUUCAACCAUGUAAAUCAAGGAUAUUUAUGAUGGUACACAACACAUUCUGGUGCCAUUAGAAAUACAGUAAAACUUGUUUAUAACUAAUUUCACUGGACCAGAUUAAAUAGUUUGUUAUAUCCAAAAUUCCUGAGAAGAUUAUAAGAUAAAUAAAGUUGAGCUAUUAAAAUUCUGUGAUUUUACAUUUGUCAUUGUGAAAGUUAAUUAUAGACAUACCAUGUGAUCAUUAUUCUGAUAAAUUUGUAAUGUAUGUGAUAGACUCAGAUUAAUUUGUAUGUGAUAGACUCAAUACAUCAAUGCAUUGUAUUUGUGCAAUAGAUUUUUUUCUUGAAAAUCAAUAAAUAUAUGUUCUACAGUG